UUACAAUGAUUUGUGGCAGAAGUCGCUGGGAUGGAUAUGAUUUACAUGCUCAUCUGUGGACUGUUCAUGGUCAGUCUGUCACUUUACGCAAAACCACUCACCACUGUCCAAUACAAGUCCACAAAAACUCUCCCAGCAGAGAACAGGAGCACGCGACUAGUGAGAAAUGGAACGGAAGACGCGCCUGUGCUAAAUCAGACGCGCGUACCAAAAGAGCCACAAGAGCUGGACACUAGCGUCAGAGGCACAAGACAGCGACCGUCAUCAGGCGAUCAGUCUAAUUUACGCAAAAAACAACCUCCAAAAAAUAAAGAAAAACGGAAAAACUGCUUCGGUUUCAAGAUGGAUAGAAUAAGUGAUUUAAGUGGAAUGGGCUGUAAAAGUGACUGA